CCGGAUGACGAGCAUGCAGGUCAAAGUAGCACGUCAUUCCACAGCGGCUGAAAAAGGCAAGUACAUGGUAAUGAGUGCCUGUGUUUGACUGCACGCAGAGACACACACGCUCGUACGCACUUGUCUUUUCAAACGCAGCUUGCUCCCCGCGUCGUCCAUCUCCAUCUCUUCGCUUUCCGUCACGGGAUUCUUAACUUCACCCCUCGCUUUUAUGACACAUCGUGACGACUGUGAACACUUUCUUUUUUUUUCAGUCCAAUCCGCCACAGCCUUGGUUAUAAUAAACCCAACUCCCCUGCAAUGAGACACACACACACACACAAACACACACACACACGGUCAUGUGCUGUACGCUUAUUUAGCCUGCAGUUUGCUCUAGGGUUAGCCUGACAUAUUGGGUUAAUGUUUAUGUUUUAUUAAAAAACGCAUAUUAAACAGUGUGUCAGUCAGCUCUGAAAUAAUGGAGAGGCCUACCUCGCUGCAGUUGGAGUAAAUGUUUUAUUUUUAUUUUUUAAAGCCUUUAAAAUAACUUCACUACUGCAGCUUUUAAUGGAGUGUGAAGGUUAACAAAAUGCUAUUUCGCAGGUUUAUCCGAGGUGAUGAGAACAAAAUUCUGUCAGAAAAUCCCAGAUAACCUAUUUUUUUAAUGCUUUUACAUAUGAAAAUACUCUGGAUCUAACCCAGAAACAUCAACAUCAGCACAUCGUCAUCUUGAAAAAAAACACAAAAAAAAACCCCACAGCAGCUUAACUUCAGUCACCACAUACACACGUUUAAGAAGUCGCUGUAAGAGCCCCAGUCUCCCACAGCACUCUCUCAUAAUGACACUAUCCCUUUAGGCGUCAACAGAGCUGAGACAAAGCGCCGGUGUAUUUGGGGUAAACACGCGGCUCCGGCAGCUCUGAAGAUGACAAAAGCGAUAGGACAGUGUGGUGAGGCACGGUGUCCCGCCGCUGCUGGAGCCGUACAUCUGCCAGUGACAGAGUGGAAAGCUACCUGACAGCUGCUUCUCACACAUCAGAUAAGAUUACAGGUAUACCUGCUACACCUGUUUAAACAAACCUACGUGCAUGCCACUGUGUGUGUGUGUGUGUGUGUGUGUGUGUGUGUGUGUGUGUGUGUGUUAAGCCUGGGUAGAAGAUAGAGAGAGAUGGCAAAGUAAUCUAGUGGCAGGUGCAUGCUUGUAAUUGAGGCAGCUAAAGAUAUAGACUGAUGAAAGAGCUCAUUAUUAUUUAUGUGUUUGAUUUAUGUAAGCACAGAGGGGGGUAAAGAGGUUGAGCUCUUAAAUUUUAAAGAGUUUAUGAGUUUUUUUUAGCUUGACAUAAAUCUUGUCAUGAAUUAAGAAUAUAUUAUAUGACUGAAUAGCUGAUGUUAUGUUUGAGUACAUUAAAUCUAAUCAGACAACAGAAAUAGAUUUUUUUUUUAUUUUUAGUGUCUGCUUCAGUUUCUCUUUGGAAACCAUGAACAGAAGGACAGAGUCCUGUCGCUCUUUAUUUAUCUACCUCCACCCUGUGCUGUGAAGGUGGUGUGAAAAACACUUAUGUCAGUCAGUUCCGUUGCAGGAUUAAGGGGGAGCCUUCACUACCAGCUAAUGACAUCACCUGCAUGAUUUAGCGGCGGUGGCUCGCAGCAGCCGAUCACAGGACGGAGAUAAAUCUGCUGUACAUUGUUAACACACAAGCACAGACAUAUACAUACACAACGUACACCUCAUCAGCUCCUUUUGGCUCUAGCCUGACAUCUAGUGACACAGGCUGUAAUGUGAUCCUACAUGACACAGACAUGUUAACGCGAUGGGGCUGUGUGAGGAGCAGUCUGCAUUGUAGGAAGGUGCUGAAGUGACUGUGUGUGUGUGUGUCUGUGUCUGUGUGUGUGUGUGUGUGUGUGUGAGACACUGAUACAAAAUUCUGCCCACUUUCUUACUAUUCUUAAUUAUUGCUUUCCAUUUUGCUGGUUUACCAAAACGCACUGAUGUACAGUGUAAAUAAAAACCAUCAUCACAUCACUUACAUUUGCCUGUGCUGGCUGCUGUGAUGUCAUGGUGUGAGGUGGUGUCGUAACAGUUUGUAAAUAACAGGUUGGGUGAGCUAUGUUUGGGUGGGUGUACCCUCCACUACAGCUCUGCUCAACCACACUGCAGCCUGACUAACACAACAUGUUGUGGCUGCUUUUGUGUUUUCUCAGCAUUUCCUUGCCAUUACACAGAAUCUAAAUUUAGCCAGUACUCAUCCUCAAGAAACUAAUGUAAUUCUAAGUAUAUCCUUGCAAGCUUCCCCUUGCAGCAGGGGAAAAGGACACUGUGUUCCUUUAAAACACACACACACACACUUAUAUAUAUAUAUAUAUAUAUAUACACACACAUACACACGUACACACACCAAGUUCGUCUUUCUUCCAGUGGAGUCUGACAGGAAUGAGGUCAGACACACCGAUCCUCGUUGCACAUUAUUAUUAUUAUUACCCGUUUUUUUAUUCAACCAAUGGGAGGCCAGGGGGGAGUGGCUUCGAUGAAAAAUCAGGAUAGAGACAGACGCUGAUUGGCUUUUAUAUCUCGCGAUGAGGGUAUAUAACGGCGAGGUUCUCGUUGUUGUGUUUACAGUAAUAUUACAGAGCGCUAAGGAAACAGGGAGACUAUGAGAAAGCGCAGCUGCUCCAUUCAACCACAUGGUUCCUCAACCGCACAGACAAGCUGCGCUGCAGACAGCCAGGUUCACAUAAGGGACUUGCACUGCUGUUUCCCACAGCGGCGCGUUUCGAGUCUUGCAGGGCGAGUUUUCAGCCGCACAGGCAGUUGAAAGUUGCCGUUGAAUAGAUUCGGGAUUUAUUUUUUUUAUUUCCGUGAAGCGCACUGGUAAAAGUUGAGAGACCAGGUGUCUGUAAAACGGGCAGAACUGAAAAGAGACAGAGAAGAGACUUGGAUGAACUUUUUUUUUAGAUCUGUGUCCAUCAGUGAUCUCGCUCAAAGCGCCUGAAAUCAGAACAAGUGAGGAAUAAGCCUACAAGUCGUUUUUGCGCACUUGAACUUUGUGAAAGCCCUGCACUGAACAGAGUGUUUCCAGACACUUGGAGGAAAGGAUGGUGCAGCACAUGAGCCAGACAGAGAGCGCCCACGCUCACUCCCCCGGCGGGGACUCCACGGACACAGGAGAAAUGGACUUGGAGAUGGAUGCGUCUCCGACCCCCGAGUCUCCCUCCUCCGGGGUGCGGAGCGACCUGGCGUGGUGCAAAACUCCGACGGGGCACAUCAAGAGACCCAUGAACGCGUUCAUGGUCUGGUCACAGAUCGAGAGGAGGAAGAUCAUGGAGCAGUCGCCGGACAUGCACAACGCGGAGAUCUCCAAGAGGCUGGGGAAGCGCUGGAAGCUGCUGAAAGACACAGACAAGAUCCCGUUCAUCCGCGAGGCGGAGCGCCUCAGACUCAAACACAUGGCCGACUACCCAGACUACAAGUACCGGCCCAGAAAGAAGGUCAAGUCGGGAAGCGGAGCGAGUAAGCAGGCGGACCGCGGGGAGAAGAGCGGGGAGCGCAGCGCCAAAGCCGGUGUGAAAAGAAGCCCCGCGUCCAAAGGAGUGAGCAGGACGCACAAACAGGGCAGCACGAAGAGCGCUGCGGGGCAGGACUAUGCGUCUCCCGGUGACCACCAGGCGCUCUUCAAAUCCAGGUCAGUGUCUGGGGCUCGGCAGAUCCCGGAGAAGCGCACCGGAGAGGCGAGGCGCGGCCACAUGUUCGGCGGGGCAGGCAGCCUGGAGAGCGGGCCUCCCUCCGUGGGAGUCCCGGCCAGUCCCACCCUGAGCAGCUCGGCGGAGUCCAGCGACCCGCUCAGCCUGUACGAGGAGCAGAGCCCUGCGGCCAGCGAGUCAUCACACACCGCGCGCCUCAGGUACGCUCGCGCCUCCUCCCCAACACCGUCAGCCUCUCACUCUUCCUCAUCAGUGUCAUCCUCAUCAUCGGACGAAGAGUUUGAAGACGAGCGGCUCGACCUGAACUCGAGCCCCGGGUUUGAGAGCAUGUCUCUGGGCGGCAUGGGCUUCUCCGACGCGGAGCUGGACCGGGACUUGGACUGGAGCUUCGGGGAGUGCGGGGCGGGAUCUCACUUCGACUUCCCCGACUACUGCACCCCGGAGGUCAGCGAAAUGAUCUCAGGAGACUGGCUGGAGUCCACCAUCUCCAACCUGGUGUUCACCUACUGAAAGGACCACGGUGGAGAGGAACCGCGACGUCCCCCCACGUUUUGAACUCUUCAACCCCCCCAGACCGGCGUGUGAGUCCAGACCAGAAUAUUUCCGCCAUUCUUUCACUAAAUAAGGGAGAGUGAAGACAGGAAAGAAAAAGGUGGCCUGUGUGCGCGUUGAAGCCCAGGUACGCGCAGCUCACAGACUUGGACAGCGCUCGGUGCGCUUGACGGGAACGCGCAGACGGGGGAAAUGCUUAGUUUGCAUUUGGACACAGAGGAGGAGUGAAUGUAAGCAGAGAGCAGUGAAACACACGGACUUCAGCUCAAAUGUUCAACCCAAUCCGCCGAGGAUGAGGACUGAGACCGAACUCUGAAUCUUAAUGUUAUUUUGGGUCGGGAAAAGGGACACUUACUGGAGAGCUCGUCAUGUUGGGUUUUGUUUAAGAUACAGCCAAUUCACAUUGACCAUCAAGUUGCUAUUCAGGUGUAGUUUUUUUCCAAACUCGAAGUAGUUUCAAUAUCAACACGCAUGCCCUCCGAGAUAAGGAGGAUUUUGUUGUGGUUAAAUGCGUAAAAAUUGUUCAUUGCUGCGUAAUUACGCAAUUUGUGUGACCAUAGGACACAAUUCACUAUCACCAGCUUCUCUUUCAACGGCAGGACUUAAAAACAAAGACUGACUCGAAACUUCAGAAACCCUUUUCUGAACCUUUUUAAACACUCAGUGCACAAUUCAGGACCAAUGUUCCCCGACGCGCAUCCUUUCUGCCUAGUGCUUCAACUUUGUAGUUCCUCUGUGUCAGAUGACGUUUUUUUAUAUUGAUGUAUUUAUACCGGCCAAACUUUUUUAUACAUAGAAGUAUUGUUCUCGUACAGGUCUCAUUUGUGUUUGUGCACAUACACCUGUCUGUAUCCUGCGCGGAAGGGCUAGAAGUGUAUCUUAUUUAAAAAUGUCUGACUUCUCUCACUUUUAAGGAGAUUUGAGUGUGUCAUGAUUUUCUACUUGUAUUUUUGUACAAAAUCUAUAGAAAGGGGGUUUUUCCGGCGAGUGGGUAGCCUACAACAUUGUUGUUUGGGUCUACAUUGGUGUUUAGACGUGCAGAGGGGGGUUUGUUUGGCACAAUCUGACCUCACACAGUGUUUACAGUAUUUACCCACAUGCUUCUUAAUGGCACAGUGACUCCAGUUUCACCAGCCAAGUAAACAAAGCGCCACUGAGGCUCCCAGCCUGAGUGGUGACUGUGUUUCCAGUACUACACAUAGACCUAAAGUAUAUGAGUGAAAGAUCCCAGAGAGUCACUGUUUGGAUAGAGCUAAUACCUCUGUGUGCUUUUUAUCAAGAUAAGUUUUAUUUGAACCACUGGAUGGAAUUUCACACUCAUUCCACUUUGCCUAGACUUCGGAGGGAGGGAGAUGUAUGAAGUGCUUCAUCUGUUAUUGCGCAAAUUGCAUCAAAAAAUAGUAUUUAACCUUUCUGUACCUGUUGGCUAAGUAUAGCAGGCUAAUUGUUUUCCUAUAUUAUGGCAUGGCAAAUAGCAUUUGUAUUUCAGAUUCAGGUAUAUGUAGCUAUAGCUGUUGUGUUUAAGAUUUUUAAAAGAAUAAUAACAUGAAGAUAUUUAUGUAAACUGACUGUACUAUAAGCAAAGAUUGUGUGUUUUAUGUAUGAUGAUGAUCAACGACAGGCACUAGGACAGCCAUCUUUGGACAUCCUUAUGUUGAAGAUGAUUGUGGUCCAGGAGUUUAUUUUUUGUUUUUUGGGGUUUUUUUUACCUUCAAAACAUCUUUUCUAUUGUCCUUUUUCUUUUUUCAUUUGUGCAAUAUGCUGUGUAUGAUCAUGUUUUGUCCAAUCAUGCCAAUAUCAUUUGAUGUUUAUUGCUCAAAACCAGCCAAUGUUUGGGUCAAUCACUGCCUCUCAGACCUCUGUACAGAUUGUCGUUUUUUUAUUUGUUUUUCUUUUCUUCCGAGAAGGAAAUAAAAUCAGCUGGAACUGAAAA